AUGAAGGGUGGGAACGGGAGUGACGAGGAGUAUGUCGACGUCGAGGGGAUCGUGGAGGACCAGGGAGGGAGACCAAUGGUCGACAUCAUUGCGCCAACACCAACCUACCCCGUCUCUGUCCCCGUCAUCAAGAAAAUCGAUGAAGACUCCGCAUCGCUUCAAUCCACCGAAACGACACUCACGACGAUCAGCACCUCUGCCCUAGGCGAAGAAGGUCCACCCGCGAAGAAGAGAAAGGUCGUCGUGGGAUUACGGAAUUUGGGGAAUACCUGCUACACCAACGCCGUCGUACAAGUCCUAGCUCACACCGAGCCCCUCCGCGACUACUUCCUCACAAACGCCACCUCCUUCGGUCCCCCAACUCUCUCCCAAGCCUCUCAAUCCUCCGAUCGCCCCAUGACCCCACCCGUCCGUGGCCCACGUACACGGCGUGCAGCGGCACUGCAGAAGUUGGAAGCGGAGACGCCGAUUGAAGUUAACCUUUGUGCCGAGUUUGCGACGUUGGUUAAUUCGAUUUGGCAUGAGGAGGAGGUAUCGCAUUCACCCGCCUCCCUGGCAAGUCUGGCACCGAUUGGGGGAAAGGCGAAGAGGGUGAGGAGUAGGACUGGGACGCCCACGACAGGUCCGGGAAGUAUUUCCCCUCAUGCGUUCAGUGCCGCCGUAACCCGCGCCGUACCCUCCUUCGAACUCGGCGAACAACACGACGCACAAGAGUUCCUUCGAUGUGUAUUACAACGCAUGUCAACUGAAAUCGGCGAGCACAAACGGAAGGAGUUGUUCGGUGAGGAAGCGGGUGUGGACGUCGAUGGCUGGGAUUUCAGAGGGUUGGAGGAGAGUGGAGUCGUACAGCAAGUGUUUGGGGGGAUGUUACAGAACAAGAUUAAAUGCCUACACUGCGGCCACACCUCCAUCAAGCCUGAGCCAUUCCUGGAUUUAUCACUGGAUAUCCCGGUCGAUACGGCAUCGUGUACGAUUCAGGAAUGUCUCAACCUCUUCUCCUCACCCGAAGAACUCGGUGGGGAGACAACCACGAACACGACCACAACAAGCGCCGCAACGACCCCGGACUCAACACCUACCCCCUCCAUCACCACUGACAUCGACACCUCGGCUUCCGCCCCAUCCUGGCUCUGCCCCAGCUGUCGUCUCCGCCGGCCAUGUACGAAGUCACUAGCCAUCUCGGCAUUACCGCAAGUCUUGUGUCUUCAUCUCAAACGGUUUAAAUGGGCUGGUCCUAACCCGAGUGCUGCGCUGGAAGUGGCUGAGCUGGGGACGACGAAGAAAAGGAGGAGGAGACACACGAAGGGGAUGGAUAAGUUGAAGAUUACGACGCCGGUCACGUUUCCUCUCACUGGCCUUGAUGUGUCUGAGUUUACCGAGCGUGAAGGCGGGGGUGAGGAGCAUAAGGAGGAGGAAGAGGGUGUGGUGUAUGAUGCAUUUGGGGUUGUUGUGCAUCAUGGUGUCAAUAUUAACUCGGGCCAUUAUACCGCGUAUAUUUUGCGUGAGGGUGAGGGAGAGGGUGAGGGCGUGGGCGUGGAGGGCACAGGGAGUGAUUGGUGGCAUCUGGAUGAUGAGAAGGUUAGGAAAGUUGAGGAGAAGGAGGUCGAGGCUUCGCAGGCGUAUAUGAUUUUUUAUCGCAAGAGGACUACCGCCUCCGCAGAGCCCACAGUCGAUGACCUUAGUGUCUGA